UUAAUCUUUACUUCUUCUCAGCUUAAAUUCUUUUAUUGUUUCCCUUGAUUAGCUGCAGUUUGGAUGUGUUUCAGCAACAGUCUUAUUUGGGAAUACAUGUGAAACAUUUUGUGAUCUUUCAUGCUUCUGUCCUCUCCUCAGGUCAUAUGAAUAUGCACUGUUGUAGUGUUCACACUCGUCUGAAGUUGGUUCCUUUCAUUUUCCAGGAUUUGACGCUGCUGCUUCUUACCUCUGUAGAGAUCCUGGUAUGGUGCCUCGUAACAAUGAUACUGGAAAUGGUCAGACUCCACAACAAUUGCGCUUACCACGAACAAAGGAUGUUAUUGUAAAUGGAACCGUUGUAAAGGUCAAGUACUACCACACCUACAUGCUGCACCCGCCACCUCGUUCUUCUCACUGUUCUAUCUAUGACAACUGUGUGGAGCGUUUUGAUCAUCACUGUCCUUGGGUUGGUCAAUGCAUAGGACUGCGUAAUUAUCGUUUAUUAUAUAUGUUUGUAUUCUCGACCACACUACUCUGCCUCUACGUGUCUGGGUUCUGCUGGGUGUACAUAACUAAGAUCAAAGAUGCAGAGGAUUCAUCGAUUUGGAGGGCAAUGUUGAAGACACCUGCCGAGUGGUUCUGAUCAUCUACUAUUUUAUUUAUGUGUGGUUUUUUGGCGGUCUUUUUGUCUUUCAUCUCUACCUGAAGAGCACCAAUCAGGUCGCUUCCCUUUCCACCUUUCCUCUGUUUUAAAACUCU